UCCCGAAAUGACACCGUUCCCCGUGCUCCCUUACACCUCCGGCCAUGCGCCCCACAAAAUGAUUAUGCCGAACUUUCUCUCUGUUUUUCCCCCUGCGGAGCAUUUUUCCGGGGCCUCAACUUUUCUGGCGUGUCAUCAUUUCUGGAGUUAACGCGGCAGAGUCAUCCGAGGCGACCACAGCGCUCUCUCUCAUAUCUGGAUUCUUAAAAAAAAAGAAGCCAGUGAAACAGCCCAGGAAAUGCAGCGUUUUCUGUAACCCGGAGGUACCGCUGCUGAACUGAGUCAGCGGGGAAGAGCAUGUAGAAAUGUGCAGGAACAAAUGGCGAGCCUCGGGAUGUUUCUGUUAACGCAAAGCCUGGUCUGAUUCAGCUGCUUCUCAUCAACAUGAUGUUUUCUCCUCUCUCUCUGUCUCAGGAUGAGUUCCAUCCGUUCAUUGAGGCUCUGCUGCCCCAGGUCCGUGCCUUUGCCUACACAUGGUUCAACCUCCAGGCCAGGAAAAGGAAGUACUUCAAAAAACAUGAGAAAAGGAUGACUAAAGAAGAAGAGAGAGCUGUCAAAGACGAACUGCUGGGGGAGAAGGCAGAGGUAAAACAGAAGUGGGCCAGCCGUCUUUUGGCCAAGUUAAGAAAGGACAUUAGACCUGAAUGCAGAGAAGACUUUGUCCUGUCAAUCACUGGGAAGAAAGCUGCAUGUUGUGUCCUGUCAAAUCCUGACCAGAAAGGCAAAAUGAGACGCAUAGACUGUCUACGACAAGCUGACAAGGUGUGGAGGUUGGACCUGGUGAUGGUCAUCUUGUUUAAAGGAAUCCCAUUGGAAAGCACAGAUGGAGAGCGGCUGGUGAAGGGCGGCCAGUGCUCCAAUCCAGUCCUCUGUGUCCAGCCUCGACACAUCUCUGUCUCUGUCAAAGAGCUUGACCUCUACCUCGCUUACUAUGUACAAGAGAGAGAGGCAGAGCAGAGCAGCAGUCCCAGUCGUACAGGAGUGGGUUCUGAUCAGGAGGACAGUCGAACCGCCACCAUGGAUGGUCCAGAGUUCCAGGAGAGUUUUGUGACAUCAGGAGUUUUCAGUGUCACUGAGCUGGUCCAGGUCUCAAGAACUCCAGUAGUCACAGGAGUAGGACCCAGUUUCUCUAUGGGGGAGCUCCAGGGUCAUCUGGCCUACGACCUCAACCAGUCUGUCAACCAGCCAGUCAGCCUCAGACGAUCACUGGCCAGCACCUCAUCCAGCGGGAGUAAGCGUCAUAAGUCUGGCUCUAUGGAGGAAGAGGCUGACAGUCCAGGAGGGGAGUAUUACCACUCACCUUCCUCUCCUGCCAGCAGCUCCAGGAACUGGACUGAUGACAUGGAAGGAGGUCUGUCUCCUCCAGUAAAGAAGGCAGAGAUGGACAGUCCCUCGCCCCAGGAAGACUCACCAAGACUGGGCUCCUUUACUCAGCACCACCGGCCAGUUAUAGCUGUUCACAGUGGUCUGUCACGAAGUCCCCACCCCUCGUCAUCUAUUCAUUUCCCGCCUUCGUCCUACUUCCCCCACGGAGCAAUCCGCUAUCCUCCUCACCUGGCACAGGACCCCCUAAAAGAUCUGGUGUCGCUGGCGUGCGACCCUGCCAAUCAAACCCCCAGCUCAUUGAAUGGCAGCAACCAGGUUAAAGUGCCCAGUCACUACAUCUCCUCCCAGAUGUUGGCACCUCCUGGACCAGCACCCUCCCUGGCUCCUCCCCCCUCGUCCCUCCCCAGGCCGACACUGUCUGCAGAGUCAAAGGCCACUACCACCUCCUCUGAUGGGGGAGCAAACUCCCCCACAUCACCCAUCCUGGUAUCUGGGCAACUGAGUGGACUCUGGAGGAAAGCUGAUUGUCACGACAGUACUGUCCUGGAGGAAGGGAAACAAAGUUGUCAAGACAUUGCCAGAGGAAAAAUAUAUUCCGCUUUGUAGAAGCAUAACAUGCGGUCAUACAUAUAUAUAAAUAUACAGUGUGAUAUAUUUCUAUAUUUGUAUGCACCCAGAAGAGACAGCCUGGACAGAAGAAGGAUGCUGCUCUCACGCAGCCAUUUUGCAGCCACAGAUUGAACUAUGCUAUGUGACACUAAAUGGUUCACACAAAUGGCCACUGACGCGAGGUGUGUUUUUUCAAGCGAAAGCUACGGAGCGACGCAGAUGUCUGGUCGGUCCAGAUGAACUGCAGACCAGAACCAGGCCUCAACACACCGAAUCCUAAGAAGCCUGUAACCUAACCAUGUUCCCAGGAUGAGGCCUGUUUCCCUGGAAUGGAUGUCAGCCUUUACCCCUGUACCCUGGGUCUCUACACUAAAUCCAGUAUAAGGCCUCCUCCCUGGGACAGACAUAGACCUCAUCCCCCCCUCAACACCCAGAAUGCCCCUCUCCGCUGCAGGUGCUGCUUAUAAUAUAUGCAAAUAAGCCUCCCUUUUUUUCUGAACCGACUAGAGAGAGAUCCUGUUGUUAAUAUGUAAUGUUUCUUUUGCACUUUUUAUUGUGUUAUUGAUAAGAAAAUUUAGAGUUCAGAGCAGUUUUUUUUCUCUCUUCCCACCAAAAGACAGAGGCUUUGUCUUUUUUAUUGACAAUCAUCAGCCUGAAACCAUUAAGUUGCUUUGCUAAGCUCAUGUUUUUAAGACUGAUUGUGCUUUUUUAUCAGAAAACAACAAGUAAUAGUGGAAUAAGAGCUAUAUUCAAGCCUCCUCCAACACAACACACAAUGCUACAGUUGGACACCAGUGUAGAGUUGGGCCCCAGUGCGACUGUGUUUAGCAGAGGGCGUCUUUUUACGUGAAUAUCCUGCUGCUUUCUUCCCCCUUCAGAUGCUGAUCAUUUUGUCAUGACAGUAGUUAUCCAAACAGCCAAAGGCACAGUGUUUGGAGGAGACGUGCACCUGCCUCAAAGAAACGGCGAGGACACGCUAAAACCAGGAUCACGUGGCAGCACAGCCAGCAGUAAACUGACUGCUGAACUCAGCGUGUUCGAAACUGUAGCAUGGUGUGGUGUGUCGUGUGUGUGUGUCUGCGUGUGUGCGUGUCAGAUUGUGAAAAUGGUUCCUGCAUUUACACACUCAUCCCUGCUCUGUUUUGAGGAGGUGUUGUGUAGAUUUUGUUUGUGUCUCAGAGAACACAGUGACGGGGUUUGUACUUGUAUGUAGGUAGAUUAGAGAGAGAUAUAGCGGGCAUUGCACUAUGAUUAAGUUAAUAAUGUGGCAUGUUACCAAGCUGGCAGGCUGUACUGUGUUUUCCUUGAAGUUGUCAGUGGUUAUGAGGACAGCAGGUCAUGUGCAUGCUGACUUGAACUGAGCACAAAAUCCAGGUUACUUGUCUAGCUCUAGAAUAAGUGGUGUUCUCGGAGGUGUCUCGAACUGUGUCACUAAAUCCCAACCCAACCUGAACGAUGAUUUGUGAAACGGCAACGUGAAAACGGUUUGGGCUGGGGUUCAGAUGAACACAUGGACAGGUUAGGCACAGUGCUAGGGUUGGUUUCAAGUCAAACCUUGAUGGUUUACCGACUGGCAACAAGCAACAAAUCAAGCAUUAAAAACCAGAGUUUGCUCGCUCUUUUUGUGUCCAACCAUGACACAGUAUUUGCAUUAUGACAGUGCUUUAGUGAGGCAAAGCAAUAUUCUGGCUUGUCACAGCUUAAUUUAGUCUGUAAUCUUUUGAAAGACAUUUAAUGGCUUAAAAUCUUUCAUGCCGCAUUUUAACUUCGAUUAAAAUCCUCUUAAAUGUUUAACAAGGUCAGCAUGUAAUAGAAUCCAAACAUGAAUCCCUGUCCAGUUUAAGGGAUAUUAACCACCCAGUCUGUGUGAUCUGAAUGCAGAAGCAGUAUCAAAUGAAACCGUAUCUCAUCGUUGAUAUUUGUUAUGUGAAAUUCAACGCAAACUCCAAAUGCAACAGUAGUAGAAUGUGUGCACUCUGGCCUUUUGCUAAUUUCGUGCACCAUCUCUCUGGAUAUAAAAAACACUGAAUAUAAAUUAGAUUUUUUAGGAGCUAAUAUUUUAUAAUCUGUGCCAUAUUUUAACCUCCAAGGCUUUGUAACUAUAAAGCAGACUGUUGAAAUGUGUUGCCUGGGGAUGUGGGUUGGUGUUUCUGUGUUGAGGUGCAGAUUGAACGGCAAGCAAAUUUUCAUCUCAUGUUAUUCACAUGAAUUUGACCACUGGAGUUUCUGCAGUCUGAAGACGUUACUAAUUGAUUUGGUCAUGUGCAUUUCCUGGGCAAAGAGAAGGGGGAAAUCAAGACAUUAUUAUUUGACUUGCUUUAUAAAAAAAGUGUCUUCCAGCUGCUUUGGAAGAUAAAAUGUAUUUCAAGGGCGAAACCAAAGUUAAAUGCAGUAUUUCCAACCACUGCUGUGGACCUGAUGUGAAUCAAGUGAAGAGGAGGAGAGCAGUGUCUGUGGAAAUAUUGGAUUGAUUCAUUGGUUUUUUAUUUUAUCGUUCCGGGCAGAAAGCAGACAUCUGUGGGAGCACAAAAAAAACACCUUUGAAGAUGCAACCUACUGGAGUCAAAGAUAACAUUUUGUCUUUCCCCUGAAGGUUCACAGAGUAAAUUUGGAGUGCGUGGUGGGGGUCACAAGUGGGUCUACACAAACAGACUGUACACGGCCUCACUAGUUUGCAUCUUGGCUGUGUGUGUGUUUGUGUGACGACUCUGAAAUCAGCAGGAACUCCAGUUUGGUCUCAUAUUUUCCUCCAGUUUUUCUUCUUGUCUCUUUGUUUUUGAUGUUAGUGUCAAACUGUGUUGGAAUAAGUGAGAUAUUUUUUUUUAACACAGGAGCAUCUCCAUGUGAUUUAGUGCUGCCUAGAAUUUGCGUCUUUCCGUUGACUCUGUGUGCAGUCAGGCCGUGUCUAUAAUUGGGUUUGCGUUCAUUCUGAACUCACGUGUCUUUUCAUUUUCCUUUCCCAGGGUUUGGGGUUAGUGUUAUCGUCUACUUGGGGUUCAGAUUUUAUACUGAAGGUGCUGAUAUGAGCUGGGUUUUGGUAGGGCGAGGUUUAAGGUUUGGUUAAAGUUGGCUUCAAGCUGAUGUAUACUGCAUGGUGCUGCCCUGGUCGCUGUGUUGACCUAAUGAAUGCAUGGCUCAAACUGAUGAUACCUCUCCCUCUUUAUCCUGCUCUUCCUCCUCCUCCUCGUCCUCCUCCUCCCCUUCCUCCCUCUGUACUCUGUACUACAUCAGACGGCAGUGGAUUGAAGGGCUCUCUAUUUCUUUAGAUUUUAAUAAUAGCCCUGUUAUUAAACUUCUAUUUUGCACGAUAUUUCAUAAAACACAUUAUGUGCCUUGCCUUUAGUUAAAGAACAAUAAUACAUUAUGGAAAAGUGAUCAUACUUUUCAUGGUACAGCUGGUAGAACUUAAAAAAAAAAAAAAAAAAAAAAAAAAAGCUGCAUGUGUGAUUGCUUGACAUUAACCAGUGUAGCAGGUACACCGUUUUAGGUUAAACAGUGGCAGUGUGUUGACUGCAAGCUGAGAUACUAGAUUGAGUGUAAGCUCAAAGAAAGCUUUCAUUAGCUCCAGCAGAGGCUGGGUUUAUCCUCUGCUACCAUCCCACUAAAGACACAGCAGUUUGUUUUUACAACGUUAAAGGAAAAGUCUGACAUUUUGGUCAAUACACUUGUUUGCUACCCUAGUCUGAGACACAUGCAAAGGAUGAUAUCUCUUUCACUGUAUCGUCCAGUGGCCUCCAGGCACUCAGUCCACACAGUGCAGACAUAUUUGGCUUGUAUCAGCAUGUACGAUUCAAUAUAUUGCUGGAAACAAGGUGAUAUAUUGUGAUUUUUAAUGCACCUAAAGGAAUUAACAUUUGCUUCACUAUGAAAACCAAAAAAAAGUAAACAAUUAAAAAUCUAGAUUGUUUUUUGAGAGUUGGUACAGCAUCACAAAACAUAUAUUUUGCUUACAGUUUGCCCUAUUAGCUUAGCUUUGUGCUAAGCUAAGAUAAGCACCCCGUAAUCUGAACUCAAGGCCCAUUUAAUACCUUUUCCCAUUACAUUCAACCACAUUUCACAGGUUUUAUCAGCUGAUUGAGUUGGCUCUAGUAUCAUCCUGUGGCUUUAAUUUGAAACUUUAGUCACAUGAUAACAAGUGGUCAUAUAAAGGGGAGAUCUAAAUCAUUAUCGUGGUUGCAAAUGUGCGAAUCCUAGGCUAGCGAAGGAAUUGCCCAACAUACUGUUUUACCUCUGAUUGGCCGACCCUGACAUUCUUACCACACUCCUCUUGACUAAACCUAACCAAUCCAACCAAGACAAAGACAACUAGUACUAGCCAAUCAGAGGAAGUGUACAGUAGGGCGAGUCAGUCCUUCGCCAUCCAAAGAUUUGCAGAUUUGCAUCUUGCUUCAAGGAUGGCAUCAGUGAUACGAUUGGCCAUCCAGAUACAACACCUGUAUCACAUAACCAAAGUCUAAUGCUUUGACAUUUUGAUCAUCUGAUCUAGUGGAUAUUGGUCCAAGGUCAAGAAUGAAGUGAACCCACAGACAUGCUAUCAUCUCAGUCUGGAUAAGAAAACAACUGUAUCACCCAAAAUGUCGGACUGUUCCUCUGAGUUUUGAUUUUUUCAGUGACAUCAUCCUGUCAUAACCAGGUGUUGAUUGCACUCAUAGAGCUGAUCUGGUUCAGUGGCUCUGCUGUUUGAAGCUGAGAUGUUGGCUGAUAGGUGUAUGUGUGUGCGUGCGUGUGUGUUACUGUGAUUGUGGACAUUGACAGUGUUGCUGUCUGUGACACAGUGUUGAAAAUGAACUAGACGUGUGUUGUCCCAAAAUGUGGACACCAGUGUGUGUUGUAAAUGAAACACUAUCGUAGUGUACAGUAUGGCUGCCGUGAAUCUGAAAAAUGGCACUUUGCGAAAGCAAACAGGUUAUUUCUGAACGUGAAGUCUGCCUGAAGUCCUGCCUAAAUGUUCAUAAUACAAACAGAAGCUGUUUUCAGCUCUGUCUACAUCCUGUUUUAAUAUUAAGUAUUAAAUACAUGCAAACACAUUGAUAGUAUUUAUUGCAGGGAGAAGUCUUACUACUAUAUUGUGAGUAUUUGUCAGGCGUUUAGCCAGUGUGGCCAAGCCACUCAGUCCCAUCUAAUGGAAACAUGUUAAACAGGUUCAGGUUUGGGCUUCGAGGCUCUGCAGCUCUAUGACUGGCCACUAGAACACCGUCCAUUUGCCUGUAUGAUGGCUUUGACCAUGUGACGAAUCAUGUGUGUCAAAAUACUACAAACGGCCAUAGAUGAGUUUUAUAUGGAUGCAUGCACUUAACGCUAUUCUUACUCAACUAAAAUUUUUAGGUCAUUUUUUAGUUAUUUCUUGAGUUAUUAUUAUGUUGCUUGUAGCAUUAUAGUUUUAAACACAGCAGUGUGUGUUAAAAUAUGUACAACAUGGACUUGUCUGUCAUAAAAAGGAUGUAUAGAAUGUUUAAGUCUGCCGUGUUUGUGCAUUUUAUUUAGGCUCGCUUAAGAUGGUGGCCAAGCCGCAGAGUAAGGGACCCAUGAAAUGGGAAAGAUUGUGUGUGGGCUGCUUAUGAAGUUCAGCCAUGUGAGUGAUGAAGAAUGAUGAACGGCAAAGUGGGAGAGAGACAAUCCUGAAAGUCAAGUUAAGUUAGGGUGAGCUGGAAUGCAUACCUCCGCUAGGGCUGCACGAUCCUCUAAAUGAAUUAUAUUAAUAACAGCCAGUGUUUGGGAAAAGCUGACCCUGGAUCAGAUUUAAGUACACAGUAACAGACACUGAUGUUGUGCUGAUAAGCAGGUGGCAGCAACGUUUUUAGAAUAACAUUGAGGCUUUGGAAGCAGAACAACGUGACCCGACCAGACCUGCCUCACUCAUACUGGGUGAGGUCUGUGGUAACUCAGUGGACCCUCUUGUCAGGACUCAGGAGUCCUGUUGGAAAUUAUGAGUCAAAGUGAAAGGUGCUUUAUAAGUAUAUAUAUUGAUUAUCAUGCUCUUUUCUAAUGCACAAAUUGAAGGAACUGACAGGAUUACAUUUCACUAGGAUUCUAUCUUUCAUUUGACAACUAAAUUCAGAAUUAAAAUAACAGUAACGACCACAGAUAAAUACCUGAAACGAUUUUGUUUCUCUCCCCUAGAUGUAAAAUCUGUUCAGCAGUGCAGAAUCAGAACCAGGAGCUGCUCGAUGGAGCCAUUAAUUCAGAACUUUACUGUAUGUCCACUGAAGAGCUAGAUUCAUAGAUACAAGGCCAAGCUGUAAUUAUAAUCUCAUGUUUGCACUCCCUCUUUCAAUCAGUGAUAUUUUGCCUGUAAUUAUGACCAUGGCGAUACAUUCAAGACUGUGUAACCAGUAACAACUGUGGUACUCACAUGGCUGCCACUUAGAACUACAGUCAGCAAGAUAGUUAUAACAUAUAAUCAGAUAUAAUGAUAUUAGCAAUUGCACUAUAGGAACCUUUAAGAAAAGUCAGAAAAAUAUUAAGUCACUUUUAGAGUAAAAUAAGGCAAGACAGAAUGAAGGACAACUAAAGUCUCUCCAGUUAAAAUUUAAUACUGCACAACCCAACAAAUAAAGCUUAAUUACCAUAUAUCACCUCUCUUACGAAACUCAAAAAAGACCACAGUUAGACAUGCAAAGGUUGUGUGUAUUGUAAUGCUGCGUUCCAGUCAAAGUCAGAAGUUUGAAUGUCCCGAUUUAAAUUUCCGACCUCCAAACGGACCAGGUGCACGAUGCCAGAUUUUACAAACUGAUGUUUGUUUGGCAAGUGUGCACACAAUUGCACUCUCCUUGCAUUAUGUAAAUGAAACAGAGGAAGACUGAUGUAUGAUGUAACAGACACCAUCAUGUAUUGUGAUCGUUUCGUAUUUUUUCUGGUAGGAAACAGUGUCCAGUUCUGAGUUGUCUGGAACGCAGCAUAAGGCUGAUGUAGUGGCUUCGUGGUUUGUGUGUCUCCUCCAGCUAAUUUCCAACAUUACUGAGCACAUUGUACUUUAGAAAUCCUAUUACUGCUUCAUAUUAUCUACCAGAAGCCCUACCUGAAGCCAAGAUAAAAAAAAAAGAUUUGAAUUCUAAACCUUAACUCGUGGAAAUGAUGGAAGCACUAUUUAAAAGCAGUUUUUAUUUCCUGGCUGUCAGGAGAGGUUUGAUUCUGUGUUGAAGAUGGUUAUGACGUGUGAAUCCUCUUCAUUUCUAUUCCUCUCUACUCUUCCCUCUGUCAAUGACUAGCAAUCUGUCAGCAGAACACGCACAAAGAAAGCCAAAUAGCUUCCCUGAAUCACACCAGCCAGCUGAGUGAAAGACUAACACUGUGUUGUGAAGGUGUGUCAGCUGUGCAGUGUGAUGUCUCUUCAUCCCAUUCUACAAAACGUACAAAAUGUACCAUAAAAUACCACCGCCAUGCCAAAAUGCAAUAUGUAAUACAAUUUGAUCAAACCGGCUCAGGCGAGGUAUAAUACCAUGCAGCUCUCAGUAACUAUGGCAACACUGUUGCCAAUCAAAGUGGAGCUUUCUUCCAACUCUUGUGAGAAGUGAAGUUAGAAGUCCAACUGAGGAAAUAACAAUAAUGACUGUGUUCAGAACAUUGGUAAAUUACCCAUCUCAAAUCAAACAUGUGAAAAAUGUCUUCAUCAAAAAACUCAGUUUGGAGAGAAAAUAGUGCACGUCACAUUGUCCUCUUCUCGGGUCAAAGAACGUUGGCAUGCAAACUUAUCACUUUCUCUGCUCUCUAAUAUACCAGCAGGUAAACAGCAUGAAAACUGUAAAAAAAAAAAAAAAAAAAAAAAAGAUUUCAACAAGCAGUGCCUAUCGUUUAACUGCUAGUUAUGUGUUGUUUUUUAUGCUGUGCUUUGCAGUACGUGUUGUGUUCAAACACUACAUGGUCGUGUGACACACUUCAGCCUGAGGGCUGGUGCUGCUCAGUAUUAAGAACAUCACCAGCUCUGACUAGUGGAGGUGGGCUGUGCAGGUUCUGAGGUAACAAGCCAUAAAACAACCCAAAGAGUUGAAGAAAAAAUCUAGAGGAAACACUGACAGAUUAUUAAUAAUGUUCAGUGGAUUCACCGUUCAUGGUUCUUUGUACGCCUAGGCUGGAUUGUGUUCAGGGACUAAAGCUCUGUCCUCUUUUCGCCUCCUUUCAGGGUUGCACUAGAAAAAGGCUGUCAUGUUCCAAAUGCAGCUCAAAGAUGUGGUGAUACCACUUCACAAAUAGGUUACCAAAGACAGAGUAGGGAACAAAUUAGCAACUUAAUGCUAACUGAUUAAUAAUUAAAGGGAUACUUAACCUCCAAAAUGAUUAUUUGCAUAUCAGUUAUUCACCCCAUGUAACAUUGAAUUCGCAAAAGAAACUUUGUUUUUCCUGCAUGCCUCCUCAGUGAAUGAAGAAUCCAAAAACAAGGGAAAGUCCUGAUGAAUUGAAGUAUAUGAGGGCCACAUUAAACAACAGCAAAACUAUAUCAAAACAUGUCUACAAACUCUCCCACAACUUGUGCAGUAUAAUCCAAGUCUCAUAUAUCCAGUCAUAUGCUCAGUACUUCUCAAACACAUACAGUUUCUUUAAAUUGUUACUAAACAUUCCUGCAAAAAAACGUAUCACGCACGGACAAGUAACGUGCCUGGGCUAGCACAUGCAUUUGAACUCUGCAGGUGCAUUCCACUGAAAUCCAGCCUCCAAGCUCGUUCAUUGGCCAGGAAGAGACAGGCGUGGGUGAGUGACAGCAGAACCCUUACCUGGGGACAUGCAAAAAAUGUAAAAAAAAAAAAAAAAAAAAAAAAAAUAGAAAUGGUGAGGAUCAGUUCAGCUUCAUUCCCCGCACCAUUUCCGUGCACAUCAACCUGUCCUCUAAAGACUUCCAACGGAAGAGUGCAAUAUGCAUUAUGAAGAAUAAUUAUAGUUAAAAUUAGCGAUAGGUAAACUUAGUUAAAACUAAAGUAAAAAACAGAAUAAAUCAUUAAUUGGUUAGGGGUUAGUGAUAAUAAGUUUAUUUGGGAAAUACUAAGUAUACGACUGGAUAAAUGAGACUUGGACUAUAAUGCAGGAGUUGUGUGAGUUUGUUUGAUGUUAUGCUAGCUUGAUGCUAUGCUGGACCCCUUACUUUAUUUCAGCAAAAAUUUUCUCCAUUUUUGGAUUCUUCGUUAAUGCAUGGCAUGCAGUAAAAACAUUUGGGGUUAGUGAUUGAUAUACAAAUAAUCAAUAUGGGGGUGAAGAGUUCCUUAAAUAAGUAUUAUCUGAAUAGUAUUGAAGAAUUAGCAGUAUAGUGAUCCAGCAAGAAGUUCCUUAAUCUGCUCUUGGAACAAUUUGUUAAAUAUGGCUCAUUAAUAUACAUCUAUUAUCUACUUUACGAUUGCUGAUUUAACUAUGCAUUCAUUAGCACUUUCUAAUUUCGUCCUAGUUGGGACUUCGGAUAUAUGUACCUUACAGUUUAGUGUUACUACCACACCUUUACGUUGCCUAAAUUUGGAGCCAUGCAUGAUGUGAGUAUCCCCAGUGUUAAUAAAGUAACCAACCACAUGGUGACGUGUUGAACUUGGUUGAAGCUGCUAAGUUGAUAUGAUUGUAGGUUUUUGUUGAGGGUUUGUUGAAAAAUCAGAAAUCCUGCUUACUUAUGUGGAAAUAUGCACUAUAGAAAUGGUCAGUUCCUAUAAAAGAACAUUGUCAACGAUCCUUUAAAUUUGUUGGCUCCGUGUUAAUUAACAAGUCGUUAUUCACUGGGGUAAAUUUUGGUGUUGGGUUCCCUCUAGAUUUUUCUUUGCUCUGUGGUACAAACCAAGUGCUGUUCUGACCACUGUCAGCACUGUAAGCAGAAAAUAACCAAACAAUGUUCGUGGACAUCUCCUGUUAAGACGCAUCAUAUCAGAAUCAGAUUGUGAUUGGCGGGUCAUGGUUAGUAUUGUAAGUAGCUGUAAUUUUUACCGAACAGUAGUACGGCUGGUAGGGAUAUCUGUUUGUUAGCUUAGCAGCUGCAGUUGAUCGGAUCUGUAAUUGAAUGCUAUGUGAGAUGGAAAUGAUAUAAACAGUUCAGUUUUGGGUGGUUCUGGGGAUGUUUUCAUAGAGGGCUCUUUUCUAUAAACUACUAAUGUUAUUCAGUACUCUACCCCACUGCUGCUGUUGCCUGAAAAUCUUGUAACUCCAAUAUAUGUUUCUUUUUGCUGUUUCUUACUUGAAUUUUAUUUUUUAAUGGCCCUUCAAAACCCUUUCUGUAAUUCAGACUCGCAGCCAUUGGAAAACCUCUGUUUAGUUACUGAAAAUCAGAUUUUGUAGAGUUUCCUGUGACAGUGAUGCCAUAUUGAUUCCCCUCUGUAUCCGCGGGUACAUUGCUUCUGCACACCGUUUACUCCAUGUGCUGAAGACAGUUUGUAAUGAACGAAAGAGGUGUUUCUCAGAGAACAUUUUGAUGCAGUCUCAUAUUUUAAGAAUUUUUAUUUCUCAUAAUGUUUCAGAUAUUAUAGUAAAGGACUGCUUUGCUUGCUUCCAGAUAAAUAUCCCUUACAUCAGAGAGAGCAUAGGCAUGAACAGCUUUCAUCAGUUAUUGCAUGACUACAGUCCACACAGACCACAGUCCUUUUCACAUUAAGAGGACAUCAGGACAUUAUAUCAUUCAUUAAGCUGUGGGAUACCAACAUUAAAUCUUUGAUUAUCAGUGAUAUAUGAUGAAAUCCCCCAAUACCUCAAAAUAAAAGACAAGGUUGAGGUGAAGCAGAGUGGCGCCCCCUGUCGUAAGUGUUAUUUUCUAUACUGGAACACCUUGGAGUGAAUUAUCACACCACGAUCGCUUUCCAAAGAACACAUUAAAGACUAUACCAGAACUUUCUCACUUAACGUGACUGAUUAACUUAAUAUUUGAUUUUAAAUGACACCUGACAGCCAAUCAGAAAGACGUAAUAAUGCACGACUUGGUAUCCCAGUAUAAGAAAAUAAUAGAUGAGGUAUGGGCCAUUUGUUUUUCAGACUGGGAGAGCUGGAGCGCUGAGAUGGUCACUGUGGAAAGGGCUGCUGCUCUGGACUGGAUGUAGUUUGUAGCAGCUUUAACAAGAGCUUUAAGUACUUUUUCCUUUGGGUGUUUUUCCGCUGAAGCUAAUGUUAAUAAUCAACCUUUAUUUGCAUGAUGUAAACUGUUCCUCUAAGACUGCAUUUAGACAGGGACAGGAAAUGAUGUCAGCACUGUGGCAUAGUUAUGUCUUCUCAUGGCCAUUUCAAACAGAAGUCACGGACUGACAGCUGUCUGUUCAAGGUUGGAUUUUCCUUUCCUGUUUGAAUGUCUCAUAGUUUGAGUGACAGCAGUGUUUCCGGCCUAAUGUUGUUCUGCUGUGGGGGAUAUUAACAUCUUUGAUAAUAUGUCAUUAUAACCAUAUUUAGCCAUUGCUGUCAGCAAGUGCUGAUGAAUUCAUUACUGGAAAUGAGUAUGUUUCCCUAUGCAAAAAUAUACCAUUAAUAAACAAGCUAUACCACAACUCA